GACGGCCUUCCGUUUUUAGCAGAUGAUGCCAAACUACUGAUCCCAGACUGCAGUUCAGUCAUUGUUUUUCUUUCCUUUGUUAACCUUCGCCGAUAGAGAAAGAGCGAAGUAUUGCGAGAUAAGUUUUUUUUCCUGUUGUAUGUGUGUGAAAGUUACUGUACUUGUCUGAGCAUUUGUUAUUUUCGGAUCGGCGGCCACGCCAACUCGAUGGCGGAGAGCGGUGCCGGUGCAGCGAGCCUGCCGCCUGGAGACCCGCAGCUCAUAAACCAGAUUGUGGAGCACUUGAAGAACCGGGGCCUGUUCGACGAGUUCCGCAGAGACUGCCUGGCAGACGUGGACACGAAGCCGGCCUAUCAGAACCUGCGGCAGAAGGUGGACAACUUCGUAGCCAAUCACUUGAACAGCCAGGAGUGGAAUCCGGCCAUCAACAAGAACCAAGUGCGCAAUGGCCUGAGACAGAGUGUGGUCCAGUCAGGCAUGCUGGAGGCUGGCGUGGACAGAAUCAUUACUCAGGUGGUGGAUCCCAAACUGAACCACAUUUUCAGGCCCCACAUAGAGAACGCCAUUCAUGAUUUUCUGGCUGCCGAGAAGAAGGAGGAAGGCAUGCCAAGUGCACAUCCUGAGCCAGAACAGCAGGAAGCACCCACUUCCACACCGAAAACGCCAUGAGAACCCCGGUGAAACAAGUAGGAUUUGCUCCCUACUGACCUUUCGCUAACGGCACGCACUGUCCAGCAGGAUGGUCAAGCUGGUCGGGACAGUGUGCAGACUGCAGUGGCAGAAGCCAUGACUGGAUAAUAGCUGCAGUUUUGUAAUAUAACCAUGGGUGAAGAAGGAACUGCCGACUUCUGGUGUAGCUGACCUGCAGAAACAGUCUCUUGACUGAAGGAUUUGCUCAUGAUAGUGUUUGCACUAUGGUAGAAGAGGUGUCUGGAGUACAGCUUUUUUGUCUUAAGACGGGUGUGCAUGUUGCACUCAUUAAUUCUGAUGCUAUUUAACUUUUGUCAUUACCAAGCACUUACUUUAACAGCUGUUAAAAUGCUGCUCAAAUGCUAUCUUUAUAGUUACUGACUUUUUCCAUAGAAGCCUGUACAUUGUUUUUCAGAAAACUAUAGAUGCCAAAACUUGAAGCACUAGCUUCAUCUUGCUUAAGAAGCUGGCAGAGUUUGUUCUCUUCUUAUUUUUCUUUUGCCUUUGAUAUUAGGCAAUGGAUUGUUCUGGAGAAAUGUUUUUCCAAUAAAAAUCUGUUUGAUAAAACCCUCA